CUCGGCCGUUCCUCCUCCUGGUCUCCUCAGGCCCGCAUCGCUGCAUCCCAUUAUAACACUUUGCCACACACGCGCUGGCACAACAUAGCGGCCUGCAGCAGUGACGCCUGAGUAUCUGUGGCGUGGCACCCAACUCUGCAUCUCACCUUCAUCCCCGCUUCUCAGCGAAGACAUGCCAGGGGUUUCCCCGCGCCGCCCACGUACCGGGUUCACGGAUCAAGAUCGUGACUACAUGAUCAAAUACCUUGCGAAGUACUGUCCCGAUCCAAAAGGUCGUAGGGGGAACACUACAUGGAAAGCUCUGUACGAGAAUAAGAAGCGCAAGUGGAACUGGUCGCAACGUCAUACAUGGCAGUCAUGGAGAGAGCACUACGUCAAAGAUCAAGUUUGGUUCGAUCGCAAGAUACGCCAGCAACAGCAAAAGAACCCAGCGUCAGAACCGGCACCUCCUCCCAGUGCCAGGCCUCCAUCAUCCCAGGAUUCGGUUGUGAAGCGGGAGCGUGUCCCCUUCACGGCUCUUGAUGAUGAGCACCUCAUGAAAUAUCUUGCGGAGCAUGCAAUCAUGUCUGAGGGGAUCCUUGGAAGGAAACUAUACGAGGACUUAGUCGAGAAUGUAGAUAGAUGGCCUUGGGCCUCACGCCACCCGGCUCAGAGCUGGCGCGAACGGUACAGCAGACGGCGCGAACAGUUUAACCAAUGGAUUGAGCGUUACCAGCGUGACAACCCCGAAGGCGCAACUCUUGAGGCAUUUUCGCCUUCUCAGAAACGACGUCGCAAACUCAAGAAAGCGGACCGACGCGAGGACGAGGACGAGCAUAGGGAUGAGCAGGAAGAGCAGGAGCAAGUUGGUGGCGAGGAGAAAGAGCGUAUGUCCGCCUUGGCCCGGGAAGAACACGAGGUCGAGGAAGCAAUACAAGCAGAGGAUAGCGACCAAGUCAAGCGCGCUGACGGACCAUCCCGAAGUGGCAGCGCUCCAGAGCAUGCUGGCAAGAAACGAAGACGUAGUAGUGUCUCGAACGAUGAGACUGAAGUCGCCAGGGGAAAUAAGCGAAGACGCGGUGACGAACAUAUUGAAGAUGGUGUGCCUGCAACCGCCGCGGAGGGCUCCGCACAACCUGUCCAGCGUACAGCCGAGGUAGAACCAGUGAGAGCCCGUGAGGACGAACGCACCAAGAGAGCGAACCAGAAGCUUGCCGAGAACCCUCCUUCGGACGACUACACUGGAGAUAUCUUUGAGCCUAGUGUGCUGAGCCGGAGCGAUAGCGAGACCGAGGACGAGGACGAGCAAGUAAUGGAUCACCCGCCCAUUGCAGUGCAGCGAGAGGAGGAAGAGGAAGCGGAAGAGGAAGCGGAAGCGGACGAAGAAGAGGAGGAUCAGGAAGAUCAGCUUGACGCAUCUGAUACUGGCUCGGGCAAGGGACAGCGUAUGGACGUGGAUGUUGAAGUCAAAGCUAGCGCAGAGCAACAACCGAAUGAGCGUCCUUCAGCUCAUGGCGCACCCACUCCCACCGUAGCUGGUCGCGCUCGCACGCCGCCAAGCCCGCUUUACCCCUCUCUGUCGUCUGUGCCUCCGCCUACUAUGGAUGUGGACGCUCCGUCCCUCCCGGGCCAAUUCCCGGCGACGUCGACAUCCGUUGGUGACAGAGAUGCUUCUGUGGCUUCUGUGGAUAUUCCCCUGGCGCACGAGAUACUCGCGAAGGCGCAGGCCACUAAGCGGGCCGUUCUGACAGUGUCGCAGAACCCUACGCCACCAGCAAGCUCCCCGCCAGUAGAAGACAGAUCCCUUGCGAAGUCUAGGGAAGCAUCGCCAGUACUCCAGCGGCCCGUUGCAGUUGACACCUGUGAGCUCCCUCAGCCUGGCCCUUCUACGGCUAUCGACACCACCUCUCGCCCACCUCCUCGCACUCCCAAAGCUAAGAACAAGUACUUGCGGAAACAAUCCGAGGACCCAUUUACUUCCGUCACUACCACACCGGUCAUACCUAGCUCCCGCGAUACCACGCCAUCCACCGUACAACCUCGAGAGCGUCGACUCAGACGCCCAAGGGAGCCGCCACGUCUCAUAGAUGGCCCGUAUAAUCAUGCCUUCACCGACGCGAUGGGUAGAACACCGCCGAGCGGCUCUAGGGCUACCGGUGUGGUGGUUGACGAAGACAGCGAUAGUGAGGAAUGGCCACCACGUAGGGGACGAUCUAAAGGGAAGGCGAAGGCGAGACAAGACGGAAUGAAGGACCGAACGCCUAUUGUCCCUGCUAAGGUGAAGACAGAGCCGCAACAUCCAGCUAUUGCUCUGCGUCCUCCGUGCGGACCGCCUGCCAGGGCGCACCAUAUUUUCAGUCAACCCACGCAAGAAUCCAGGGCUUCCCAAUAUCCUCAAGCGCAACCCAGCCCGUCACAGCAUCACGUCUUCAGCCAGCCAACUCAGCAAGGUAUCGAACAAAGAUGCCUGCCGCCUCCAGUACAAGAACAGGCGACAGAAGCCGAGACGAUGCCGUCGUUCAGGUUACCGAAGAAAUAUCUAGAUCAUCUGGAGCGAGCAUUGACGAAGCACAGCCAUUUAUUGCAAUCGAACACUGCGGACGCCGAAGACGAUGUUAUCACCAGCACGCCUGUUCGGCGACCGUCCCAACGUGGUGCCCCAGUUCCUGGCCCGUCCUCGGUCGGUCCCAUUCACGCCGACGACGUCUCACGAAGUCCCGAGCUGGGUCGCAGUGUACGGUUCGACCCAUCUCUGCCUGAUAUCAAAGGCAAGGCCAGGGAUUACGGACCCUCGCCGUCACCAGUCCACAAUAGACGGCACGCAUCCGGUGGCGAUGUCGCAUCACAGGCCCUUCUCGAGGGUGACUCCGCCGGGAAUGAACGUGUUCGCGUCCGACAAUAUUUGCCCGUUUUGCCUACGGCUCCGCACGGUGUCCGCUCCGCCGACGACUCCUUUGUUGGCACGACUUCCACCUCUUUCUCGUUCCGCAGGCCCCGCAGGCGAGAGUCUCUCAGUUUCGUCCACCAGCCUAAACCACGCUCCGCAUCCGUUGAGCCGGAACCCGCGAUCCAGAUCAGCGAGGACGACGAGAGCGUAGUGGUCCAUAUCGGGGUGGAGACCGCCAUACAGACUAUGUCCGAGAAUCAUGGCUUUAACUCUGACAUCGUCCGCAGGGUGUGGAGCCAGACACAGAGCCUCCGCAUGGCCGAUGUGGUGCUGGGACAAAUGCGUGAGGCAGCCGAAAAGGCCGCUUUGCAGUUCCUGGAACAACUUCAAGAAGAAGGGCAGGGCGCCGCCGAACCAGACGCUAAACUGGAGAGGCAGCAACCUCACCCAGCACGCAGUGAAUCCCCACGUCGUCCUUCAUACCAUGAUCGAGAGUCGCCUACUCUGCAUAUCACCCCAGUGGAAGCGAACGAUGAUACAAGUCCGGAGUAUUCGCCUCCCAAACCCACUCGGGCGGGCCAGUUUCUGCGACUGGUCAAGGAGGGGAGAGUGGACGAGGCCUUGGCUCGGGAGUUCAGCUAUGCGGCGGGCAUCUCUCCGUCGCAGACUCCUCUAAGGAGUGGACCCGACGUUGAGGUGCACAGGCUCGGCAUGAAGCCUGCUUCAAGUCGAUUCGAAGCUCAGAGCCAGGAUGAGCAGCGUAGUCCGGUCCGGUAUGACGAAGAACUCAGAGAGCAUUCGCCUGACAUUCCGCGAUGGAAAGCUGCUACGAUCGCUAUGGGGAAGAGGUUCGGGCAGAUGCUAGGCAACGUGGAUGAGUAGAGUGCCAUCGAACAGCGGAUCUCUAUAUCGCCUAGUAUGUACGUACUGUUUGCGGUGCAUACAUUGCAGAUCCUUCAUGGACGAUUGCUGAUUGUGUUCUGAACGGUCAUUGGGUAUUCUCGACCCGCUCGAGCACCUCAAGCUCACUGAACGAGAGCAUACAUGGCCGAUGCGAGUGUCUGGCGUUCAAAUAA